UACGCCAUAACUGAUAAGUCAAAAUUUGUAAUAUUAGAUAAAAUUUCUUUUACCUGUGAUUUUAUAUUUAAAACGUUCAGUAAUUUUUCUAUCGUUACCUUAAUCAUCUGUCGACUAUUUAAAGAAUUUGGUCUUUUGAAAAUAUGUAGUUGUAAUUAGUGGAGUCCGACUUAAUGAUGAUCAUGAAUAAUGUUAUGGUUUAUAAAGCAUAGCGAAUGUUGUCAAAUGGAUCUUAGCGCUCGUUGAGUACGCUCCACUCCUCGAUGUGCACCUUAAACGUGAACACAAGUGCACGCAGUGUGUCAAUAUAAAAGACAAUGUUUGAUUGAGAAACUACCGCUUUACAACAAAUAAUUCUAGUCUAUAAUAUACUUCCAUUUACCCUCGUAUUUAUAUUUGCGGACAAUUUCGCUUGUGUGUUCGAACUGAAGACGUGAAGAUGUUCAGUAAACAUUAUGAGACUCGGUUACUACAGCAGUGCAGUCCUGUGGCAAGGAAACAGUCUGUACUGGUCCAGGCUGAGUUUAACAAUGGUGACAGGUUCACACCCUGCAGAGCUGGAAACAAUUGGCAGACAGCUUUUCAAGCACUAAGAAGAGGUACGGAAAAUCAACCAGCAAAGAAGGCGCGAAACGAUGGCGGUGGCAGCGACGGAGCGAGUGGCGGUCGAGACCAGCUCGCUUACAGCUGCCUCCUACAGAACGAACUCCUCGGUGCACAGAUAGAGGAAGUCAGGAAUCCAUCGGCGACGUGUCCGGAUGGCAACAAGACUAUCGGCACCGUCCAGACGCCUGGCAGAUCGUCGCAAGCUUACCAACCGGUCUUCAGAUUCAAAGCGCCGAUCCACAGAGCAGAGGAAAACAUCGAUCCUUCGCCGUACAGCCUGUCCCCGAUCUCGGCUAAAUCCGAGAAGCUUCUCCGGUCUCCGAGGAAGGCGACCCGCAAGAUAUCGCGGAUCCCGUUCAAGGUUCUGGACGCGCCGGAGUUGCAGGACGACUUCUACCUGAACCUGGUCGACUGGUCCGCCCAGAACGUGCUCAGCGUCGGCCUCGGGAGCUGCGUUUACUUGUGGAGCGCCUGCACCAGUCAGGUGACGCGGCUAUGUGACCUGUCAACGGAAGGUAACGCGGUGACUUCGGUGGCGUGGAGCGAACGCGGCCACCUCGUCGCCGUCGGGACGCAGAAGGGGCACAUCAGCGUGUGGGACGUCGCCGUCAACAAGGAGGUGACGAAGCUCCAAGGUCACAUAGCGCGCGUGGGAGCCCUCGCCUGGAACGGUGACAUACUCAGUUCAGGGUCCAGGGACCGACACAUCCGCCAGCGGGACACGAGAACGCCACCGAUACAACUGUCCCGAGUGCUCCAAGGUCACAGACAAGAGGUCUGCGGCCUGAAGUGGUCGCCCGAUGGUCAGUCGUUGGCUUCAGGAGGCAACGACAACAAGCUCUUCGUUUGGUCGAUGCACUCGACGUCGCCGGUGCAGACGUACUCCGCGCACGUGGCGGCCGUGAAGGCGAUCGCGUGGUCGCCGCACCAGCACGGGCUGCUCGCGUCCGGCGGCGGCACGGCGGACCGCUGCAUACGCUUCUGGAACACGCUCACCUCGCAGCCGAUGCAGUGCGUCGACACCGGAUCUCAAGUGUGCAACUUGGCUUGGUCGAAACACUCCAGCGAAUUGGUCUCGACUCACGGCUACUCACAGAACCAGAUACUGGUGUGGAAAUAUCCGUCGUUGACGCAGGUUGCGAAACUGACCGGCCAUUCCUAUCGAGUUCUGUAUUUGGCUCUAUCACCGGACGGCGAGGCCAUCGUCACGGGAGCCGGUGACGAAACGCUUCGGUUCUGGAAUGUUUUCUCCAAAACGCCCUCACACAAGGAAAACAAGAGCGUCCUAAAUCUAUACACCGCACUCAGAUAAACGAAAUUCGAACCUAUAUUAGUUUGGUUUAAAGACGUUUUCGCUAUGACGAAACGUGGUCUCGAUUUCUAUAUUAUUAUUAUGUAUAUAAUAGAGGUUAUUUAUUGCGUUGCCAUGGCAACAGAAUUUUCGAGGGUUUUGUCGCGUUCUCAAGACGUAAAGAUGAAAAACAAAAUAAGGCGAAUGAAUUUUGUCAAUGAGCGAAAUAAAACUCUUUAUAUUUGUAAUAGUUUUUACUAGAGGAAUAUUAUGUUCAUAUUUGUAAUUUAUAUUUUACGUCCGAGUGGCGUUCUUUAGUGAGGCGUGGUUACGGUAAUUUGUCUGGCUCGUUUUUGUACAUAGAUUAGAACACGCAUGGGAUUUUAACGCUUAAAAUUCUCGUGAUAAGUUCCUAAAUUGUGUGCUCAAAAAUGUUGGUCACUUUGAAGAUAUGUAUCGAAGGGACGUUACGUUUUUUUUCAUUUACGACAAAAGGCACAGAUGAGAUUAUUCCAUGAAAAAUACCUAAAAAGGCUGCUAACAAAUGUAAAGUCAGUCAAAUUACCUAACGCUCGCGUAAUAAAUAAAUAAAUAUCAUUGAUUUUGUAAAAUGUACACUAGUUUGUGUAUCCACGUAUACAUUUUGUGUUAUCGUAUUUAUAAAAUUGAUAUGUAUUUUACUGUAUGUUAGGAGUUUAACUACAGGUUCCUUUUCACUUUAUCUAUGUUAAUAAUAGAGUCAACUGUUCGGUUAUUGAGAACUCUGUCGUCAAUACUGAUUUAAAAUUUAUAGAUUUCAUUUUUUUUUUGUACUGGUAACAUCUUGGUAUUGAUAAAAUCUAGACCGUAAUUUUUAAACCUAUUCUCAAUUGAUCCGAAUUUGAAAAAGCAAAGUCCAGGAAAGAAAAUGAUGGAUUUCAGAAAAUAAAAAAGUUUUAGAAGAAGAAUUUUUAUGUUGCUUUGUAAACACGAAACAAGGGCACAAAAUUAAAUUGACUUAUGAAUUACGUUCAAUAUAUCCGAUUUACACUCAUCAUUAUGAUUAUUUUAAUAGCAAACGAUUGUGACAGAAAUCGGGGGCUAAUUUGAGUGUAGGUUACCGAGUAAAAAAUAUAUAACUUAAAUAUGAAAUAGCACAGAACGCCGCAGUGCUUUCUAAGCACACGGAGCUUAGACGGUGUAAAAUAUAGGCAUACUAAUAUAUACAUAAUAAGAUAUAAAGUAAAUCAUCAAUAUUGAUGCUAUGACUUUAAUUUUGAGGUACAGUUAAACUCCUUACAUAUAAAUUUAUAAUAUUGGUUUACUAUAAACUCGACAACUGAAAAAAUGCAUUAUGGUUUAAAACUUUCGUUGGGACGAAAAAUGUAUUUUAAUUGCUUAAUUAAUCAAACUAAUACACAGAGUAUAAAUGCAAAGGUGUUGCCACAAUCAUAAACUUAUAUAGAAACACUGCAAUAUUAAUGUUUAAAUAAUCUUUCGUUCGAAAUUAAGAUGUUAUUAAUUUAUUUAAUUUGUUUCAACACAGUCCUUGAGUUUAUAGUGGACCGUAUUGUGUUUAUAUUUAUAUUUUGAUCUAUAUUCGAUUCUGUAUUUAUUGCGACAAAAAAAUAUAGUUUUUUUGUAGUAAUCUCGAUUUUGACUAUAAUGUUUUUGACUAAUCAUUAAUAUAACGUUUUUUUUUCUGUUUCAGAAAUAUUUAAUCUAGUUUUUUUUUAUCGUUGAGAAAGUGAUAGUCCGGAGAUUGGAGUUUACAUGGGUCUUUUUCGUAUUCGCUAAAAAAAAAAACAGAUGUAUUAUCUAUCAUCAGCUAUGAUUCUUGGAAUUAAUUUCAAAUGAAAAGACACAGCCAAAGCUAUCGAUUUUUGUUACUUCAUGUUGCUUGAAUGUCCUUCAGACCGAUCUAACUGAACGCAGAACAAAAAUAAAAACAAAAUCUUUGUCAAUUUCAAAACGGUUCAGUGAAGUCUGGUCUACAAGGAAUAUACGUACAUAGCCAGUAUACAUUGAUCUGAUUGCUAAUUUCCCAAUGUCUUACUGUCACUUUCUCAAAGAUUACAAAAGCUAUAAUAGAAAUGGGUGAAAUUAAAUUUUCCAAAAAAAGAAAUGGGCGAUAAUUUACUCUUUUAUUCACCAGGAGAUGGGUUUAUGUAAAUCAUUAGUGUUCCAACGGACCAGACGGAAGAAUCAAGUUCUUUUCAGGUUUGUAUAUAAAUAUAUUUAGGUUAAUAUACUUUUUUUUGUUUGUUUUUCAAAUGUCUUCAAAAUUUUCAAUGCAGUUCGCUCUUUGUGUUUGUUUAUCGACGAAUUUAUUUUUAUUUCUAACAUUACUUAUUUUUAAUAAAUUUUGAAAUCCACUUAAAUUGAAUUAUACCUUGAACGGCUGCAUUUGAUAAUUCGGAGGUUUUUUUUUUUCCUAGGAAAUCCUAAUAAUAAAACGCAUUUAGUACUGUGUAUAAGGGAAGUGCUAAAUAUAUAUUAACUUAGUCCUUUUAAUUUGUAAUUAAUAAUUAAUUUGUAAUGGAGGUGCCUCGAUUGAUCUCACUUAUAGACAAAAAAUGGUCUUAUGGCAACAUUAAACUAAUUUUGUUCGUUAUUUAUUUUUAUUAACUUUUUUUUUUUCGAAAUUUAAAUUUUUAAUUUAAGAAUUUUAGUGUAGACUCGUGUUGUGACUAGUUUUGGUUUCUUUUUUUUUUUUUUAAUUAACAAUCGACCAAUGGAUUUAUGAAACUUAUUCACUUCAUGAGUAGUCGUAAGGUUACAAGAGGCACCUUUAAAAAAUAUAAUAAUAAUAAUAAUAUAAAUUAAUUGCUUGGCUGUAAUGUAUAAAAUCCGUUAAAAAUGUAGAUUGUAAUAUAUCGGAUUUGUGCAAUGUAGUUUAAAUUUUAUUAAAACAAAAAAAAAAGUCCGAUCGCGCUUCGUUCGCGCCUUCAUUCCUAACGUGCCACGAAGGCGAUAACGAUCUCGAUCGCUAUAAGUUAAUAAGGCCGACUUAAAUUUGUAAUUUUCGAUUAACAAAUUAAUUAAAAAAAAUAUAUGUAAUUUCGUACCAAAUUAACUAAACUAAAAAAAAAAUCGUGUUUUAUUCGUUUGUAAUGUGUUUGACACUAAAAUUUUUUUCUCGCAUUUAGACAUUGUGUUAAAUUAUUAAUUUAAAAGCUUCAUUCACAUUUCAUAGUUUAUAGGAAUCAUGUAUAAAAAUACGUUUGCUUAUAAAAGAGAAAACAAUUAUUAGUUCUAUCUAUGAUUUGUGAGUUUAGCUUUUAAAAAACAUGUUGAAAUCAAUUUAAAAAGGUCCAAACGUAAUAUGAUCCUACCGAUUUAUCCCAAAACUUUGAAUUAAUAAAACAAAACUAUUUUAAUUUAUAAUUGAGUACAUAAAAAUAUAUUCCUUUUCAAUAAAAUUCUAUUCUGUUUCUUUCUAUCAGCUUUAUUUGUAACUUUUUUCUUUACUUUUUUUUUCUUUUCGUUCCGAACGUAGGGUCCUUUAAGUACCUAUUUCGUUAAAGAGAAUUAUUUAUAUAAAACGUAUAGAGAAUAUAAUAUAUUAAAACAUGUUUUAUAUUAGACUGAUAUAAUUUACACAUUUGUAUUUUAAGUGUUUAUUUGUAAAACUGUAUUUUAGGAAUAAAGUGUUUU